CGUGACUAUGGGCGUGGCCCCGGAACUCGUGGAAAGCGAAGUCACAGCAAGGUACAUUUAUGUAAAUACUUUCAUUUACUUUAAAUUAUAUGCAAGUUGUAACUAUGACGAAGUUGAACGCAUUUAAAUGUAUGCGCAUGUUAAAUGUCUAGAGAGAUUAGACUGCAGUAAAAGUAGAAAUAUAUUAAAGGAAAACCGACUCCGAAUCUUUUUUGCAUCAUCUAAUUCAAUUUUAGGGUUAUACGUACGUGUUCGGAAGAUCCUAAUGGUUUGUGUCUUGCAUGUGUUAAGAUACUCUUCAUGAUGUAUCUACCAUUUCUAAGUUUUCUGAAUCAGGAUGUCUGACGAAAGAUCGCCCAAGGUGGAUGAAGAAUUCAUUUUCUCCUUCUCAGUCAGCCGGGACGACGAUGGACGCUGAGGACUGCAGCAGCCGUGCCUGCGCGUCCGGCAGUGGUGAUUCAUCCGCGGAGAGAGACUUCCCUGCGGGAUCAGGCGCGCUAACCGCGGGGACCCCUGACAGCCAGCAGACAUCUCCCAGCCGCUCCCUCAGCGCGAACUCCAUCAAGGUGGAGCAGUACAGCGACGACGAGUUGGGCCGCCCAGCGCGCACAGCAAAGCCUGGCGACCAGGACGAGGCCUGGAAGGAUGAGCGCGCCCAUCGAACGGACGAUGGGGGUCCGGAGCCAGCUGUGGGGGCGGGCUGUGCUUACGGGGAGCUGGCCAGUCCCGAGCCAGCCUCUCUGGGCGCCAUCCGCCUGCCCAACGGCAAGCUGAAGUGUGACAUCUGCGGCAUGAUCUGCAUCGGGCCCAACGUGCUUAUGGUGCACAAGAGGAGCCACACAGGUGAGCGCCCCUUCCAUUGCAUCCAGUGUGGUGCCUCCUUCACCCAGAAGGGCAACUUGCUGCGGCACAUCAAGCUGCACUCUGGUGAGAAGCCCUUCAAAUGUCCCUUCUGCAGCUAUGCGUGCCGACGGCGGGAUGCCCUGACGGGACACCUCCGCACACACUCCGUAUCCUCUCCAGUGGUGGGGAAGCCCUACAAGUGCAGUUACUGCGGCCGCAGCUACAAGCAGCAGAGCACGCUGGAGGAGCACCGGGAGCGCUGCCACGGCUACCUGCAGAGCCUGGAGGCCCAGGCCACGCACAGCACCCACGCCCAGGGUGACGACUUGCACGACGUGGAAUCUAUGCCUGACUCCUUGGUCCAGCAAUCCUCAGAUAAGAUGUCCUUCAUUGACCGGUUGGCCAACAGCAUCACCAAGCGCAAGAGGUCCACACCCCAGAAGUUUGUAGGUGACAAGCACCUCCGCCUCACCCUGGCAGAUGCGCCGUAUGAGCUGAACGCAGGCUUCGACAGAGAAGGGGACAUGCUCGGCACUCAGCAAGUGGCCUCAGAGCCAGGAGGCUUCCCGGGGGUCGGAGGAGGCUACCUUGGGGGGCCAGCUGGCGGGGCCGGGGGCCCGGACUCCUUUCGGCUCCUUCGGCUGCCGACCCCCCAUUCCACCUGCCUGUCCGAACUCACCCCAGUCAUCAGCUCCGUCUACACCCAGAUCGGGUCGCGGCUAGAUGGCGCGGGGGGCGGGGUCACCGGCCAGGAGGGGGUCGAGGGCCAUGAGGACCAGGCCCCAGCGCGGAGCCGAGCCCCCUCGCCCAGCAAUGGCUGCCAUGACUCCACGGAUACGGAGAGCACUCCGGAGGAGCAGGCGAACGUGGCGGCCACCACCCCAGGUCACAACUCCAACCACCACCCCGGCCUGCCGCCGUCCCGCAGCCUGGAGAGGGACCGGGAGAGACAGAGCCCUGGCAAGGCCAAGGAGAGGGAGAGCGAGCGGGAGCGGCUGAGCUCCCUGCGGGUGAUCGACAAGGACGGGGACCCUGUGCGCUCCUUCCGCUGCGAUCACUGCCGCGUCCUCUUCCUGGACCACGUCAUGUUCACCAUCCACAUGGGCUGCCACGGCUUCCGGCAGCCAUUCGAGUGCAACAUCUGCGGCCACCGCAGCCAGGACCGCUACGAGUUCUCCUCACACAUCGUCCGCGGGGAGCACACGGUGGGCUGAGGGCAGCGGGG